AUGCUAUGGCAACGCUUGCGGACAAACUCCUCAAAUCAAUCGAAGUGCUCCAACCCACCGUCCCCAUAGACACCGCCACAUCCCUCUCCCCCGAUGAGAUAAAAGAAGCAACCCCUCAAUCCCGGGUCGCUGCUGUAAAAGUUAUUGUUUUCUCCCUCUCCCAACUCUCCACCACUCAGUUCGAGGACUACAAUGAUCUUAUCUCCCUUACUUUUGAGAACUUGCUGGCGAGUUGCAAUGAUAAGGAGGCUGAUGUUAGAGUUGCUGCUGAUGGGCUAAACCAUCUUAUAAACGAGUUGUAUGGCUCGGACAGUAGCAGGAUUCAAGUGGAGCUCUUCAAGGAGAUCAAGAGGAAUGCCUCACCCAGGAGGGUUAAGGCUGCUAUAGUGAGAUUUGCUGAGUUGGCCUAUCUUAUCAAGCCACAGAAGUGUAGGGCGUAUGUGAUGAACCUGCUGCCGUUGUUGAUAGCUGUGUGUAAUAGGGAGGAUGAGGGGAUCCAGGAGUCCCUGAUAAACUCCAUGCCUAAGAUUGUGACUGUUCUCGGACCGUUUUUCAGUGAGAGUGAGCUUCAUAGUUUUCUGAGCAAUCUUUUUGAGAUCCUUGUCUCGAAACUCUCCUCCUCGCGGAGAAUGGCAGCGGAAUGUAUAACAUCACUCUGUCACAGCUGCUUGAAACCUGGUAUAUUCUACUCCAUCUCCCUGGAGAAGAUGUUGGUUACUAUCACACACGACGCCUCCCCUCAUGCACUUAUCGGAGGUUUUCUCGGACUCCGGAAGAUCCUGGUUUCUGUUUCAGAGCUUCCUAGAAAGGAGGAGGAUCAAUAUUUCUUCAACCUAGAUCAUGUCUCCAUAACAUUCCUGGUUAUAUUCAGGUCGCUCUCUCAUACUGACCACAAUGUUAUCACAGCAGCGUUGUCAACUCUUCAGACGCUUAUAGAACAAAAUGGCCGGCAACUGUCUUCACUUCUUCUAGCGGAUGUUCAGAGUUGGAAUGAGAGAUUUAAAGGAAAAGAGCUGGGAGACUUCAUGAUCGGCACCAAGCAUUCCAAUAAGAACAUGCUUCUGGCAACGGAGAUAGAGGGUGGUGCAUUCUCUAUCAAGAUGGAAGAUUUGUGUGGUAAUCUUGAUCUGUUCAAAGAAAACGGGAUAUUACUUACUGAAACAGCGCUAUUUUUAGCUGAAACCUUCUUGGUGAAGGACGGAGUUGUGGUGAAAGGAGCACGGGUGAGCGUUAAAUCUCUUGUCAUCAACUGUUUGACAGAACUAACUGUUAUUUCACCAGAAGUUCUCUCAGACCACCUUGCCCAUCUCCCUGGUACUUUCAAAGCAAACUGUGAUCCUAUGUUGCAGGGUAAUAUCAUGGCGCUGGGUGGCAGCUACAUUCUUCACUUUUUACAAAAGAAUUACUACCUUAAUUGGUCUGAUAACUGUGAGGAGUACAUCGGGAUUUUCAUUGAAGGGAUCAAGGAUGAAUCUUCAAAAGUCCACAAAUCGUGCUGUGACGCGACUAAGAUAUGUAUCCCUGCUCUGAUGAAGACGAAGUACAGUGACCUGGUUAUCGACCUGAUUGAGGCACUUCUACAACUGCAUCUCAGCUCAUACUGGCUGGUCAAGACAUCCCUCCUUGAAGUCAUCAAAGAGAUCAACUUCUCCUACCUUCACUGCUUCUCAGACCGGGCUGGCUACCUUCAAAAAGAGGUGAUCACAGCUUUGUUUGUAAUGCUGAAAGAUGAGGAUGUCCGAGUUCAAUCAGCUUGCUCACUCUGCUUUGCCUCCAUCACGGACAACCUCUGUUUUACCACGUCACGUGACACCAGCAUAGUCAACAUCAUCAGGACUGAUUUCCUGGUUAGCAACGAGUUUGUUAACCCUCCUCAGUAUGCUAUCUGUCUACCCAGUGACUCUAGUCAACACAUGGAGUGUAAGACUUCCCAGAACGUUGAUUCUCUCAGCAGGCUGAUAAAUAUCAUUUUAGAACAGAUGAUAUCCUCAAAAUCAACUGAAAUGGUCAGGGGUUGUAUCGAGACAUUAUCCUGUCUCUCGAAAAAGUAUGUAAACUGUGAGAUGCUCAAAUACUGGGGAAUAUCCAUCCCGGCUGAACAACAAAAGAUAAACUCCCACCACAUUCAAGAGGGCAUAGUCCUCAGUAGCUCCAGCGGUCUCAUCUCGUUUCUCACCCAACACCUAACAUCAUCAAUGUACAUGUACGACAUUUCCUGCCACCAAAACCUCCUUACAACACUAACCAACCUGCUCGGAGCAACUUGUAAGCAUCUCAUUUCCAACAACUCCUACUCAGCUGACCUCAUCCUCUCGUGGUCUCUCCUGAACGAUGAGACCCUCGUGGAGAUCAUCCAGUCUUUAGUAUACCACAUCAUGAGGGUACUGAAUAUCUGCAGUCACGUCUGUACUGAAGAGGACCCCAUGGCUGAUAACUCCAACUUUAAAGAUAAGAUGUCAGCUGUGACGAACAAACGGAAGAAAAAGGAUGAUGAUGCAAAUGAGGAACCUGUAGUUGAACAAGAUGGUAACAGUAAAGUUGGAGCGUUCACCUCACUACCUCAUUACAUGAAGCUGUAUGAGAACUUAAAAGCGUCAUAUGAAGCACAUAAAGUAUCCCUUGAUCUGCAGUCUGACGAGAAGUUUGUUCUGGUACUCCGAGGAACCCUGUCUCUCUUUCAGGAAAUCUUGAAGUUCAGCUCGUUGAAGAAUGUUGGUUCGUUUUCUGAGGAAGUUAACGAGUAUUUAACAAAACUGCUGAAAAAGGAGCCUAUCCAAUGUGUUACAACCACAAGGUACCUGUUAGCAUCACUAUUCGGAACAAACGUUAUCUGUACAAACUUGAACAGUUCCACCAGAGCAAGCCAGUUGAGUGUUAAACGACCCAUUCCUACAAUUGUCAGCACUCCUGUCCACAUAGAGUACUUUAAGUACUCUCCCUACAUCUACAUUACAAAGCCACAAGCUGAGGAAGAGGUUCCUGAACCUGAUGAGGAGCAGUCGUCUUUUGCUGCAAAGCUUUUCGGAAAGAAGUUUCAAAGAAAUCAGAAAAAGAAAACAGAGAAGAAGCCUGAUCAAAAGCCUGUCAUGCAGAAUUACAUUAGGUAUUUUGAAGCAAAUGUUAUGAAAUCUCUGGAGUUGUACACUACUCUGACAAACGAUACCCAAGUCCAGGGUGAGAUUCUUGUUCUGCUCAUCGACCUCCUCCGUCUUCGAGUCAAUUAUUCUCUGCUGGACACUGGAAAAGUGUUUGUAAACUUCCUACUCAGACAGUUCGAAUACAUCGAACAAGGACAAGUCAGAGAAGCCUCCAAGCUUCUUCCUACACUCUUCCAAUUCCUUAUCAUGUUGACAAAAGAAAAGUACAACGAGAAUGAAAUAAUCGACAUACCCAGGAUUAUGCAACUAUGUGGCACUGCCAUGGCAAGUGGCCAACUCAACACUGCCAGUAUCUCCGUCUCCUUAUACCCCCUGAUCCACGAGCUGUUCGUAGUACAAGAAUCAAACAAUGAUCUGAACAUCAUCACUCAAAGAGAAGUGGUAGAGAGUAUUUUGUUGAAGAAUGUGAUUCAUUACCAAGUUAUUGAUAUUCUUUGGAUUGUUCUACAUUGGUAUUCGGUGGAUCCGAGAAAUUUUAAGAGAUACUCGGCUACAGUAUGGUCCGCUGUAUCCAUUGCUAUCAGUCAGGGAAGAUUGGACGUGUCAUCUCACAAAGUCAUGGUCUCCAUGCACCGCUUGUUGGAUAUUAUCAGUCAUGAUGAUAUCAACAUUAUAGAGACCUUGCUGGAGUUCAUCUCUGCUGCAACAUCCAUGACGUCCAAGUGUUCUUACAUCUGUCUUAUCCUGAGGUACUUGUUAAUUGUCAUAACAAAAGGUCACCUCCAGAAGACAAUGACUGAAAAUAGUGAUGCAAUGCUGGCUACCACGGGGGUUAAAGAUACAGCGGAUAUACCUCCUGCUAUGAAGUUUUUAAGAUUCCUGCUCUGGGCGGUAAACGAGAAUCUGGAUCACUUAUUGAAAAACACAGAGCGUGCUUUCUCAUCGCUCUCCUCUUUAAAUUACGUCCACAAACUUGUCUACUACAUCAGAGAAGAUCGUGAAUUUAAUAUUACUGACAUUGAUUUCUCUGAAGUUAAGAAGAAGGUUGUGUGUUUGUCUGUCAAGCAUCCCUCGUGUGCUAUCACGUGCCUUAACAUUUGCAGGGCUUUGUCUGUUUUGGAUGAAUUCUCCUUUGAUGAUUCCAUUGUGUUGAAAUAUUUGGAGCUCACCAAUGGUUCUGCAGACCAACCAACCUCUUCUCGGGAAACAAUCGCUCAAAUCAGUGCACUUAAAAUUUUACCUCUGCCUGAAUACGCUGAAAUGUUAUCUCUCAUCCUUGAAGAGAGUAAGGAGAGCAUGGGAUACUCAGCCAUACUUUUCUCCGCUAACUACACCGUUCAGUACCUGAGAAUGGUCAUGCCUGAGAUCAGUGACAUAGAGAAAUCUGCAGCAAUCCAGGCUUUGCAGGAUCUGGAUAAACUUUUCGAACAUCCGGCUGCUUCCAAUACUGUCAGGGAAAAGAUUAACGAAUGUCUUCUUACAGUUGGUCAUCAUAAACUUCCUUCUGAUGACAUUGCCAGGGCUUUGAUAAUGAAUGGUCAAGCUGAAAACUUGACCUAUGAUGGCUUACAAAAACGCUUCUCUGAAAAACUCUGCACAUAUCCCUGUGAACCCGCGCAGAUUGUACCGGUUUUGAGGGACAUGCCGCUUCACAUCCUGAAGAACAUUCUGAGCAACCCCGACUUUGACACUGAACUCUUCGUUGGGAUGAUAAAUCUAGGAAGAAAAGAACUAUGUUCACAGAAAUCUGCCUACAUCGACCCAGAUGAACCACUGCCACAACUCCCAGCUAUACUGCUGUCUGCUAAAAGUCAGCUGUUACAAAGAAUAGCAGUCUUAACAGGGGUGUCCUCACCAGCUCCCAAGAAAACUAAACAUACCCACACCCACUCCAAAUCGAACUCAACUUCACUGCCCAAAAGUAUAGCCCUGUUUGUUGACACGUCAUCUUUCUCAGACCACCAAGCUAUGUUGCUGUAUAAAGAGGACUGGGAAGAUGAGAAGUGGCGGAGGCAGCUGAGGAAUUAUACCCGAGCUGUAACUGCGCUGUUGAACACUGCUAUUUUGUAUCCAGAUAUAGCGUAUCUUGAUCCGUAUCACAUCCAUGCUAUAACCAGACUGCUAGCUCUGGCGAUGAUGGUGAAUCAUCACUUUGGAAAGUUUGCUGAAGCAUCUACAAGUCUGGAGCUUCUUGAGCUGUUAUUAGCAAUUAUCAUCACACGAGACACCUGUGCGGUCAUACACUACGGAGAAGACAUGAAUAUUGUGGAGAAUGUUUAUCACAUUCUUGUCCAGCUCUUUGGGAAAACUCUCACAAAAUCAGAGCCAAGUCCGGACAGCAAGAUUGAUAAAGUUAGACUGAUGGUAAACUUCGUUCUGUACAAAAUGCCUGAUAAGACUCACCACUCGAUAUCAGAUCUGAACGUGGUAAAGAAGUGUAUCCUUUCUCUUGCAUCUUUACCCUGUGUGAGUAGUUUUCUUAGGAUACCAACUCUUCUAGCACUGACAACAACCAAGCCAGAAGAUGCUGCGGAGUUCAGUUUAUCAUCUAUUGAGCUUGAUUUCCUGAAAGACUCAGAAGUUUUAGAAGAUUUCCUCUACAGGAACCUCUCCUUUGGAUGGUCUACAAAGCGACAGUUUGAAGAGCUGUGGGUAACAAUGCUAGGAAUGAUAACCUACAGGUUUGAUCCAGAUAUGAUGAGAGAAGAGAUAAAUGAGUUGAGUGUGGUAAACAGACUAGCUGUCAGAGGUAUGACGGCCCUGUUGAUGCAGACUAUGUUACACCCUGUCCCUGGAUCACCCAAGACGAGCAUUUACCAGCACUUUCCUAGAACACAAACUGUUCCGUUCCUGACGACCACUAUGGGUCAGCGCAUGAUACUUCCUCACAAGCUUGUAUUUGAUAAAUUACUGAAUUCAAGCAAGCUCACCCCAACAUACCACCCAUUCUUUCCUGAUCUCAAUGCUUACAUUGAUUCAGAGUUCUCGUACCAGCUAAUCGACACUGGGGCAUCUGCUCAAUCUAUUGACAAAGUGGGGGUGUUUAUCCAUGAUCUGAAUCGUAUCCCUGCAUCUAGUUCCUACUGCCAUGGUUAUUACAGUGCCACUGCUUUACGGGAAAGAAUCAUCACCAAUGACGUCACGGACUUAGAUAACGAGGGAAUCAUAGAGAGGUCUCAGCAGCUUUAUGAUGAUUCUUCAGACAAUCCAGACAUUCUUUCCUGUCUCCACUUCCUUGUAGAUUUAUUUGCGGAGUGGACCCUGCCCGAAUCUAACAUACCAAUAGCCCUAUUGAAUCAAAUAAUCGAUUCUGUCAGUCAGCUAUCGGAUAUGUUCCAAAAGACCCAUCACUGUCAGUGGAUGGUAGAUGGCUUUCUUAGAAUCCUGAUAAAUCAUCCUUUAGAAGACACCAUAGUUCACUCCAAGUUACUAUUCAUACUUUGUAAAUCUAUAUCUUUACUCCAGGCUGAUAAGGAGGGAGAGAAACUGAUGCCGUUCAUUGAAAAAGCUCUGACAUCUGACUCGCUUUGUCUCCAACAAUCCGCUUUAAAUGGCUCAUUUUAUCUGCUUGAAUCUCAACUGGGCUGCUUUGAAGGGAAUUUAGUGGCGAUACUUGCAGAAUUUGUGAUGAAUCGGCUAGUGUACGACACCACCAUGCCUAUCAACUAUCUUGCUUCAGUUUGGGCUGUUGCUGUAAUAAUCCGGGAGAAGUUCCCAGAGGAAAGUGAGAACUGUGAGGGUUUCACCAUGUUGCUCAUGAGAUUCGGUAUGAAAUGCAUGUCAGAGCAAACCACUCCCUUCAUGUUGUACCAGUUUGUUAUUAGGGGAUUCCAACGUCUGGUCUUAUCGUUCAGUCUUCCUUCAGCUGAGUUUGAGAUGCUAACUCACCUCUCUACAAACCAGCUGGAGAGAGAUGAUCCGCAGAAGUGUCUGUCUGCGUUUGGUCUGCUGAUGACGUGUAUGUAUUGUGGUAGGGAGGGAAGCAGGGUUAUUAACUUAGAGAGAGAUCAGGAUAGUACUGACCAAAUGUUGGCUGGAGCCAUGGACAAGAUGAGGAAAAUUCUGGAUUGUGUGGGACACUGUUGUGAUACUCAAGCUAAACCCUUAGCAGCUGUUAUCUGCUAUCUUGUCACUGAUUUCUUCCCUAAAGAACAGAUGAUAAACACGUUUGUAUCAGAGUUUCUCUCACCAAGACAACAGAACAGACACCUUAUAUCCCUCGUCCUGUACGACCUGUUCCAAGGUAUGAUCACAGCAGGGAACUUUAACCAGAUCUGUGAGUGGGUGUUGCUGGUUUUACGGAACUUUGUCCAGCUAAAACCGCUGAGUUUCAGUGUUUGGUCCACUUCUGUGUUGUUGCUUUGUUCUAGUAAGAACAGGAAUCUGUCUCGGUUUCUACCCUACAUAGUUUCUGAUGUUACACACGUGGAACCGGAUGUGUUUGUUCUUAUUUGUAAAGACUUUGCGGAGAAUUUGUCCAAAGAAGAGAAGAUUUCGUUUUUGGAUAUGUUAAAGUUAGGGAAUAGCGUUCAUUAUGAAGAAGAUAAUCAAAAUGAGUACCGAGUUGUGUUUCGUAUGCUUCGAGAAGUUCCUGUUGUAACAACAAAUGAACAGUAAUUCGAAUGAACGUAUGAAUUUGUAUGAAUUUUCUCAGUUUGAUUGAAUGAAAGUAUUUUUGUGAUUUGUAUAUAGUUCGCUUGGUUCAAGUUUGUGAGAUAUGAUAUCUUUUUUGACGACUCUGCAUACAGAAGUUUUCAGUAAAUUUGUUUAGAAUUUUCAGAAUUGAUUAAGUCCUUAUUAUAUUCAAAUAGUGUAGUGUUACAAUAGGUUACUCAACUUGAUACACAUAUUAUCUAAGUAAAUCUGUGCUUAAUAAGUAAUUUAGGUAAUAUCUGAUCCUUAUCUUCAUUAAAUUUAUCGUUUCAAUUGUUAUUAUUUGUUCCUUUGUCAUAAAUCUAAAUCAUGUGUGACCUGCUUAAAUCAAGUUUAUAUCUGGCAAUUGAAUACCUGAGGUAAACGCCAUGUUUCACUAGGAUACCUCAUUAGUAUGCUAUGGUAACCAUGUUAGCUAUGUUAACUAUGAUAACUAUGUUCACUAUGUUAACUAUUCUCGGGUUGCAAACAUUUUUAAUGCAACAAUAAGAGAAGUUGAAGCUAUCCAUUUUCGAUGAUAAUUUAUUUCAUGAUUUGAUGUUUUAAAGCUAUUGUAUUGAUCGUUUGAUUUCUUUAAUUUGAAGCACGUUUUGUUUCUUUAC